CGUCAGCCGUCAGCACUCACUCGCCAAGAUCCAACAAACAAACUUCCCCAUCCAUAUCGGAUCGGAUCAGCACUAGCUUCUAGCUAGCAAGCCAUCCCGCGUCCGCCAUGGCAAAGUUCGCUCUUGGCCACCACCGCGAGGUCUCCGACGCCGGCUGUGUCCGCGCCGUCCUCGCCGAGCUCAUCCUCACCUUCCUCUUCGUCUUCGCCGGCGUCGGCUCCGCCAUGGCAACAGGGAAGCUGGCCGGCGGCGGCGGGGACACGGUGGUGGGACUGACGGCGGUGGCGCUGGCGCACACGCUGGUGGUGGCCGUCAUGGUGUCCGCGGGGCUACACGUCUCCGGCGGCCACAUCAACCCAGCCGUGACGCUGGGCCUCGCCGCCACGGGCCGCAUCACGCUGUUCCGCUCCGCGCUCUACGUGGCCGCGCAGCUGCUGGGCUCCGCGCUCGCAUGCCUCCUCCUCGCCUUCCUCACCGCCGGCGGGGGCGGGGGCGUGCCCGUGCACGCGCUGGGGGACGGCGUGGGAGCGCUCCGGGGCGUGCUCAUGGAGGUGGUGCUCACCUUCUCGCUGCUCUUCGCCGUCUACGCCACCGUCGUCGACCCGCGCCGCGCCGUCGGGAGCAUGGGCCCGCUCCUGGUGGGGCUGGUGGUCGGCGCCAACGUGCUCGCCGGCGGGCCCUUCUCCGGUGCGUCCAUGAACCCCGCGCGCUCCUUCGGCCCCGCGCUCGUGGCUGGGGUCUGGGCCGACCACUGGGUCUACUGGGUUGGGCCUCUUAUCGGUGGGCUGCUCGCUGGGCUGGUCUAUGAUGGCCUCUUCAUGGCCCAGGCCGGACACGAGCCGCUUCCUAGGGAUGACCACUUCUAGUCUAGUUCUAGUAGGCAAAAAAAUAUAUGUUGUUGGUUCCCUGAAUGAAUAAUUUGAAUUGAAAACUCA